AUGGCCUCUGCUCCAAAGUGUGCCGAGUCAUUACGCUGGCCAGCGUUGGACCUUGGAUCAUCAGGGACUAGAGUCCCUUUGCUCAGUCAAUCGGACAGCCAAGCUAAUGCAAGGUCGUAUUGGACAGCUUUUUCUAGAAGACUAUUUACCAGCUCUGCAUCGACUCGCCGAAUCUUCAUCUGUAUUCGUAAUGGCUUCUGUAUGUCGCAACAAACACUAAUGUCUUGCCUGAGAAUGCAGCUGGAUUCUCCAUGGCUUCCAUGGCCCGCGAGUUCGUGCCCUUGUAGCUCCUUUCAGCGUGAAGGUGCCAGAAACUAA